AUGGCCACGUUGCUGCUAGCCAACACGGAAAGCUUGACAAAACUGGUGGCUCAAUUCAAUUGCUUUCUCUUAGAUAAGGAGGGCGAGCCAGAUGCCUACCGAAAGCCCACCGAGUUCACCAGUGCAUUGAGUUUGAUUGCAACAAAAACAAUCGAACACACUGACUUGGAAGGACAAAUGGAGUACAGCGCAAUCGAAAAAGCAAUUGAAACAUACGGAAGAUGGCUGUUCUACUCCGAAAGCUCGUGCUCUGACUUGGUGAUGGCGACGGACAAGAGAACGGAGCCUUUCGAACCAUUAGAAGAAGUCUUGAACACUUGUGAAGUGGAAGCGCUUACAAGUAAACCUUGGACGCAACUUGUCUAUAUCAAAGAAAAUAUUGUCAUCAUUACAGGGAGAAGCCAACAAUCAAAAGAUCCGACUCAAACUCCGUUCGCUUUUUGA